AUGAAAUUUGAUGACAUUAAAAAAAAUCCAAAUAAAAACAAAAAAUAUUUGUUGGAAAGACUGGUUGGUCUUGCUAACAAUUGUGCUCAUUAUCCAAACAUACAUGCAGAAUAUAUGAAAUUUUAUGAAAAAAUGAUCUUAUAUUAUUAUGGUCAUAUUAAAAACAUUCGAAAACGUGUUCCAAUAAAAACAUAUUCUGAAGUAAUGAAAUUACAAUAUAGGCGUCAAGAAGUGGAAGCUUUCACACUUGACAUGAGUCCUAUAGAAAAAGCUAUACGAAAUAUGAAGAAAUAUGUUAUAUUGUAUGAAUUUAAAUUUACCUACAGCAUCAAAAGAUACACUAUUUUUGAUCCUAAUAGUUACCCUAUUUGUAAAGAGUUUAUUAUAGAGUAUUGGAUUUAUAUCAAUGCUAAUAUGCCUGAAUCAUUGGGUGAAUAUAUGUUAUUAGUAAAAGAAAGUCCUUUUUCAUCUAUUAUAUCACCACAAAAAUUUUGA